UUCAGUCAGUCGACAUUCAAAUGUGAAGAUCAGCGGCGCUCGUGAUACUACUAUAAGCGGUAGAACGCGAACUGAUUGAAAAUAGACAUCUUGUCUAAUAGCUGCCGCAAUGCGCAAGUCUCUGGGGAGUCUGGCUGGCAUUGAUGCCAAUUCGGAGGCAUUUUCGAGCUCCAGCUCUUCGCUUAGUAACUCCUACAGUGACGGUAGCGAUUCGGCCAGCUGGGAGGAAUACGUGGCUGCGGACGGCAGCCUCUUCUAUGUUGAAUACAUGCCCAAUGCGAAGUCAAGCAUAGCGACUUCGGCGGAGCGUCGGGUGGAAUUCAUGCGCCGCUCACUGCGCCUGGGAAAGAAGCCGAUGCGACGUCAACAUAAUGGCAGUCGCCCGUCCCACUCCCAGACGCAGACGCAGACGCAAACGCAGAUGCAGACCCAGAGCCACAGUCGCAACCAGUUGUCAGAGCCCGAGCCCGACGAGUUUCGGUUCUCACACUUUAAGACGUCGCAUGGGGACGCCAGCAGCAGCAACAAGAAGCUGCAGCUAGUUAUAACUGCAGCAGAUCGGUUUCGCUUUGGACGCCGCUCCACCGCGGUGGAGUCGAUUCUUGGAUUCCGUGUGCUGCCCUUUCCCGACCAGCCCGAGUGUCUCAUGGUCGAGGGCUUUGUGCACGACAUAAGCGCCAUGCAGCACGACAUCAAGCGCGGCGAUUGGUUCAAGUCCCUCAACGGCAUCGAGCUGUAUGCCAGCAAUGUCGACGAGCUCCUGCAGCAGUUCGUGGAGCCCACCCAGGUCUGCCUUUGCUUCCAGGCCUCCUCCAGCUCUACGGCCGCCGCCGCAGCAGCAGCAGCAGCGGCAGCGGAUCCGACCUACGGACAUAGCCAACAGGAGGAGCAGGUGCGCAAGGUGGAGAACUUUGCCAUGUUUGCGGAGAAGUUUGAGGAACUCCUUCUGCCCGCUGUUCCUUUAGAGCCCGGCACCAUUAAGACAGCCGAUGCGUUGGAUCAUAUGCCUUUUGGUAUGCUGUUGCUGCCACCGGAAUGCUACCAGCAUGACCAGCACCAUGACUCGCUGUACUAUUACCCAGAGGGCGCAACGACCAACUUCCUGUACAAGGCACGUGGCAGCUUCCUCACCCUGCAUGCCGUUCUCAGCGAGCUGCACACCCAGCCGAUCACGUCGCGCCUGCUAGUAGACCAGGUCCCCUAUCACGUGAACUACCGUCGGCUGAAUGGAUUUUUGGUGCUGUUCGCCUACACGAGCAGCCUCUACAGUGCGGCCGAGUGCAACAUGCGGUCGGAUGAGCUGAUUGGCUAUAUCCGUUUCUCCAUGCCGGGCUUGGUGCUGGAAAACUUUGGAGGAGCAGGAGCAGGAGCAGAGGGCAGUGCCGGAGACCUAAGAUCAUUCUUGCGCCACUUCUGUGGCAUUCAGCGCACACGGCUGUUGCUCAAUUGCCGGGGAUUAACCCAGUUUGAGGAACUGCUCGGCCAGUCCCGGAAUCUGCCCCUGCCCAAGGAGGCACAGCUGCGCGUAUUCGACGCACUGAGCGAGAUGGAGGCCAUGGACUAUCGCAACUGGAACGAUGAGCCGUUGACCACGCACCGCGAGUUCUUCAUCUAUGGCAGCGCUCUGUACUACAAUCACUUCCUGGUGGCCAGCCUGCUGCCAGCUGAAGUGCGGGCCAAUGUCGAGGGCUUCCUGCGGUGCAGAGGGAUCUUCGAUCUAAUUGGAGCACCAAGUGUGCGCGUCCGGGAGCUGUAUGUGUGGGAGGAGAUCGUGCUGCCCAAUGCCACGGGCCGCUACUUUCUGACCAUCUGCACACGCAACCAUCUCAGCCUGGCGGUUAUCCUGAAGAUAUUCGAUGCCCCUGACAUGGCGCCGGACACCGUGGUGGGACCAUCGCUCUUUUACAUCGAGGAAAUACAGGAGACACUGGAUCACCUUAUUCAGUGCGGCAUUGAGUCCCUCGCCAUGUUCUGGUCCAUUUCAAACAAGCGACCUCAAGUGCUAGAACAAGCUGGCGCUGAGGCAAAGGACGAGAAGGAGACCAACGGCAAGCUGGAGUCCUUCCUUAAGCAGAAGCUCACGGUCUUGAGUACUGCAGUAUCGGUGGAUGAGGAGGCAGCGCAGCUCUGUUCCUCCCUGGGCGGAUCGUCGAUACACAGUCUGACGCCCAGCGAAGACGACUCGUCGCGCAAGCGCCUGACACCCAUCCAUGGCGGCGCAGAGGAUUCCGAUAGCGAGUCGGAUUGGGAGAACUUUGCCGUCCAGCAUCCGCUGCACUAUGGUCUCAAUUUGAAUUCGGAGACCCACAAUCAGAGCCAGAUGACUGAGUCGAUGUGGAAGGAAAUCAGCAAUGUGGUGCCCGUGAAGAUAUCCGCCGGCUGGAAGAACUGUGUCCUUUACUAUGUGUACAUUGAUAUAGCCAAUGGGUCUCUGUUCGCUCCCUUCAAUGACUGCACGGAGAGUACCACAUUUCUGUCCGAGAUUCGGCAGGCCUGCCACAUGAUUCACUCUGUACUGGAGCGCUCCAAGCACUACCGCAGACAGCUCACAGAAUCCAUAAGAGUGUCUCCCAACGCCAAUGGACAUAGUAGCAGCAAUGCAAUAUCUCUGGUGAGGGAGCACGGGAUGACACUGGAAGUGUCCCCCCAAUCCAGAACGGAGAAUCAGGCCUGCGCCACGAAAUCUGUUCGCUUUGUGGUGGUCGGUCGACUGUUUCAGUCGCCAGCCAAGGAGGUCUACAUAUGUCACCGCUCUGAUGUUCCACAGAACAUUGUGGAAAUGGCAUUCAGGUUAUCAUUCUUCUCUAUGGGAUAGAAGGCAAUAAUACCCGUAUAUAUAUACAUAUGUUAUAAUCGUAACCACAUUCAUACAUACUCGUAUAUAGAAAUGAAAUACCUAUCUAGCAAACGAAAUCUUCAUAUUACAUCAGUCCGUCCAAUUAAAGAAUAAUUCGCUUUUCCGCCUGUAAAUAUUGGGGGAAAUUAGAAAUAAAAGAGAAAUAAAUUGUAAAAGGUACACACUGGAAUGGA